ACAGGGUCUGCGACUGCGCGACCAGGACUCGGUCUAGCGUCUCGCCCACCCUAAAUGAAGAAGAUUGAGGAACCAACCUCAUCCUUUUACUCAACUUCGUCGUUUUAAAGUAUAACGACACAGAGAGAUUUCCCAUUCGAGUCCAUCACUCCCAUGUCGAUGCUGAAUUCUCGGUUUUCUGUUCCACUUUUCAUCUCUUGCAUGUUCUUCACAUGCUUUCCAGGGUUGAUGUUAUGUGCAGUUGUGUCGCUGAGUUCAAUUGAGAUCUUUAGAACGCACGAGUGGCUAAAAGCCACUUCAACUGUUUAUUUCCUAUGCAAUGGGGAGAACAAGAUAGUGUUUCCAGAUGUCAAGAAAGCCCAUUUCCUUUAUGCUUUCAGCGGUGAAGAAUCUUGGCAGCCUUUAAGCAAUUUCUCAAGUGAAAAAUGCAAGCGGUGUGGAUUAUAUGAGGAGUACAGCAUUACUUCAGAUGAUGUAUUUGACGAAUGGGAGUUUUGCCCUUCUGAUUUUACCGCACCUGGUGGUGAAUAUAUUCAGUUCAAGGAAAAGGAAUUCAAUGCUACUUUUCUGUGCCCAGAGUGCUUAUCUCUUGCUGGUGUUUCUAGCUCUUCUGGUGAGCAUGAUGAUGGAAAAGGAAUGCAUUUUGCAGUUGUAAUUUCGUUAAGUGCUUUGAUCUCAACCAUACUGAUUCUUGGAGUGGUGGGUGCAUAUAAGUUCUGGCUAAAGAAGAGCAGGGAGCAGGACCAGGCUCGGUUUUUGAAGUUAUUUGAAGAUGGAGAUGACAUCGAGGAUGAACUGGGGCUUGGUAGGGUGAUAUGAUAUAAUCAAUGGCGGAGCCAGAAGAAUAUUUUAGUCCACGCCAAACAUCAAUUCUUGAAAAAAAAAAUCAGCCAAUGCCAACCAUUGAAGAAGUAUUU